AUGAAGUGGAGUGCGAUGAAUGUGGACGAAGGCCUACUGCAAAUGUUUUGUGGUGAAUAUUGGCUGCACUUCCCGUGGACCAACAGUCCGCGUGGUGUGCGGGGAUCUCCUUUUUUGUAUUGUUACUUUGCUUUUGUGUUGCUGUGUGCGCUGCACCUUCUUGUGUGUGUGCGCACCCUCCGUGAGGGGUGCCGACACGACGGACCGCUCUCGCCGUAUGUACAUGCGGUGGAGCCUUGUGUGCCGCUCCUGUUUGCUUCUCCCUCCUCCAUCUGUGUGUUGGUGUUGCGGCAGGGCUGUGUGUGUGUGUGUGCCUGCUGCCGUGGAUUGGAGUGUGUGUCGUGCGUGGUGUGCGGCGUACGGUGCAUGCCUGGCUGCUGCCCUCUCCUCAUGUGGUGUGCCCUCUGUGUGUGUCUGCCGCACCUCUCGUCUCCCCUGUUGCUCUCCAUGCCCCUCACUGUGCAGAUCAGCUCCACACCACUGAACGACCACACUCACGAUGAUGAUGUGCCGUGUGCUG